AUGCGAGAAGUGGUUAUGCUGCGGCUGCGGAUGCAGAAAGCGGGACCUCGGGAUGGAACUCAAGUCGUUGAUCCGGCACUACGCCAUCUACCCGUAACCCCUGCUCCGGCUGCUUAUGCCCCCGUGACAUUGGUCGGCCCGGGAAGCUCCACAGCGGUCAACACCGAGUACUUCCAACGACAGGUUCGAGGGAGGGGAACUGGGCGCCGGCCUCAUGACUUGGUGCUCCGUUUUCCUCAAGGAGCGGUCCGAAUGCAACCGGAUUGGACACACCGCACUCGAAUCGACCGACAUGGGCUGUGGAUAAAACCUGGUCGCAUUCUGGGUGUCACCGCUCGUGCCCUUCGGGAUCAUCUGGAGCGAGCAGAUCAAAUUCAUCUCUGCCGGGCUGAGGACUGCGCUCAACCCGGGGUCUACCACUGCAAGGAGUUUGCUGCCAUCGACGCCGAUUCUGUGAUCGACUUGGGAGCCUACGGACGCCUUGACGGCUGGCGGGCUCUGGUGCUUCUUUGGCGUGGACUUCGCUCGUUCCGGAAAGUGCUCUCCGGCUGUUUUAAUCGGGGUGUGAUGACAAAGCCGCGGCCGAGCCUACUCGCCUGUUGGUUGAUGAUCUUCAGCUUUCUGAUCUGGGUGGUCGUGAAUGUGCCAGGAGCCAAUCGGCUGAUACUCGUCUUGAGCCUGGACCCAGUCGAGCCGUCCGGUUCGAGGUUAGCCAGGUCGCACCACAUUCGUGGGAGUGGCUCAAGGCAACUAGUGAAGGAGCCGAGAUUGGUUCUCCUCCCACAUGACGAGGGCUUGGUUCUGACUAAGACCGAAGGUGGACCACCACAGGAGGUCGACAGUGGCGCCUUGCAUGAUUCAUUCCGGGAUGCUCGUACCCAGGGGGCCUCUAUUGGAGAAGCCAUUGCUUUGGUUGCCAGUGCUUACAACAUUGGACCGGAAAUCGUCCAGAUGAGUGUGCUGGGAGCACUGGAAAGCACCCGGGAAGAAGAGGAAGAGGCGCCACCGCCACCACUGCCGCCAGGUCUCUCGCAGGAAGGUAGCCUGGUUCAAACAAGGGUGGCACCGCCUGAAAAUUACCUGCUGACUCCAAGUGGUGGACUACCUGAUGCAGUUGCCCGUCUCUUCCCAACAGCUGGACACGAUGCGCCUUCCGGACUUGUGAGUGCAGCUACCGGGGCUCUGCUCCAGCAGCCGUCCAUUGGGCUUGGGCAGGGCCUUGUGCGCAAGGCAGGGGCAGCUUUUGGAGAACAACUUGGCCCUAGCAACCCCACCUUGGCCACUGCUCGGAUUAUCCACGCCAUUGAUGGACUUCGCAAGGCGCAAGACGAAGAUAAGACGGGGACCAAAGGGCAAGUGAGCUCCAUCAAAGAAGGGGAAAAGCUUGACGUGUUUCUGGCCAGAGGAUGCGGUCAGCUAUCGAUCGAACUCUGCAAGGGCGUCUACGGGAAGGAGCUAUUCCACAGCAUCAAGCGGGCCGGGCUUCACGCGAAGCACGAGCUUGGUCUGAUAAAGUGGCCAGUCCUGAUCACCAACCGAGUGGCUUUGUCCAUAGCUGGCCUAUGGUGGGGUGGGACCGAGAGUUUCACACUACUGGCAGCUGAUUGUGCGACGGCCAGAGUUGAACAAAUCGAGAACUGGUCGCCACCGACCGAACAUAAGCUGGAAGCCCGCAGUAAAGCUCCCACGACUUUCCUCACGUGGCUUCGCUACGCGGAAAACUCCAUCAAGGUGUUUGGGAGUGCAUACGGCCUCGAGCACGUCCAGGAGAGGAACAAGUUUUUACAAGCUCUCCGUGAAGCACACGAAGAGGAUGAGAAUGCUUUUCCCUUCACUUACUGUGUGCAGCUCUUUGAAGAGAUGACCGCUGUAUGGUGUGAAGAAAUUCGAGAAAGCCGACGACGUCUUUGCGCGAAGUUGGGGACCGAGAAUCCCCGCUUGGAAGAUUUCAAGCUUGUAGCGCUUUCUCCCAGCGCCACGGGUCAAGCAAAUUUCCAGUUCCCGAGGGUGUGGGACUUGGCUGAUCCAGCCGGCUACUACCAGAGAGUGGUUCUGCCUCGUCAGAACAAGGCUAUGGCAAGGCUGCUCAACAAGCAGUUGCAUGACCACGUCACCAAGGAAAAACGGCCAGAUCAUCGCAAGACAGCAGGCCCUACCGGGACUUCGAACCCCUCGCCCGCAGACGGUCCGUCUCUGGAAGUGGAGGACACAGACAAGGCCGGUCGCGCGCCUCGGUUGGCCUUGAGAGCCGACCCCAACAAAGCCGGGGAUGUCUCGAAAGCUUACCCCGCGGGGAAACGUCUUAGUCCUGCCGAGGUUAAGAGAUCCAUCCAGCAUGCUCCACAAUGCCCGAAAACCAAGAAGCCCAUAUGCUGGGAUGCAGCUUGUCACAUUGGCUGCCAUCGGAGCGCCUGUCCUAACGCGCACGAACCAUUGCCGAAGCUUUCCAAGUUGGACUACACAGUUGCCAUGCAGGUGCUCCGGCGCGGAGGAUUGCGUAACGGGCCGAAGGUGAAUCCCCAGGAGGUUGAUGGAAGAGUCGCACAGCUCCGAGCCCAAGCUAAAGAAGAACAAGCCUCUAAGGUGGAACCUGGUGCUACCGCCCAAGGGAAAGCAAAGGCGCAUCCCAAAGCCAAGGCUAAAGAAAAAGCUGGCUGGGCUGUUCCAGAGGAUUAUCAGGGACCUGUUACUCAACUUGAGCACGAGCUCGGAAACCUUGCCGAGGGGCCUGAUUACUCAUGGCAUCAGCAGUUUCGCCGGGACACGGAAGCCACGGCAGUGCAGGCCGGCACAGGCGAAGCACAGAGACGGAGGGACGCAUACGAGAAGCUCCUAUCCAGCAAAAAGCUCGCCCCCCUCUCGGGUUGUAGUGAUCAUCUACAUUCUCAUGUGGCCUCUCACUUUAUCAAUGCAGAGAUGCAAGGCAGAGCCUUACAGCUUUCGGAGGUACUCACCCAAGCGAUUGACUAUGGACACCCACAGCUUGCUGAGGAGGCUCAGGAGGUGCUGAAUUCCAUUGGCGCUAAAGCAGGCUUGACUCUCCCCGAGCCCGAAGCUUGUUUCGACACUUUCUCUUGGGCGGAUGGGAUUGGCAAGGGCCAGAUAACUUUCAGCCAUCCCUUGUGGGAGGGCGUUCCGCCCCUUGGCAUCCUUGAUGCCCAGGACAAACUAACUCUUCCCGAAGAUUUAAGGGUCUCCCUGCAGCUAGGCAGCGAGAGAGCUGAAGAAAUGCGACAGUGCCUUUGUCUGCAUGUUGCCUUAAAUUGGCAUUCGAAGCGGAUCUGCCUACGGCGUGGGAGAGAGCCCGUGACCUGA